AUGAGUACUGUUAAUGAGUCAGGGAGCCCAGGUUCAACCAUAUAUUCAACCCUUUCCAAUGUGACGGGUAGUCCGACAAACAGUAGGAAAAGAACACAACACAACAGUCUAGUAUUAUCUACCUCAUUUAUUCCCACUAAGAGGCUCCUAAAUUAUCCCCAAUCGCCAACGAGUCCAUUACAAUCAAGAAAAUCGAGAAGUAAUGCUUCCAAAACAUUAUUAAUUAUGAAGAAUGAGAUCUCUCAGUUGCAACAAGAACUGGCUCAGCUUAAUAAGAAAAGGCAAGAUGCUGAACGACUUCGAGAGUCUGCAGCUACCGAUAUUUAUACCGGUGAAUAUUCAAGAGAUCAUUUACAAAAACAUUCGAUGCGAAUAAAGACAAAUACCCAAAUUAGAGAAUUGGAUACAUCUAUUAAGAAGAUUGAAAAGCAAAUCAACGAUCUGAGGAUACGGUAUGAAGAAACACAAGAAUCAAAAGAAAGUGGAAAUGUAUCACCGUCCGAUUCAUUGAGAAUAGUAUCCUCUACUGAAGACUCUGAUAGAAGCCGAUCAAAUACUUUAUCAGAAAGAGGAAAUUCAAUAUACAAUGACAAGCAAAAUCAGAACGAUUCUCAAAAGAGUUUAAGACACAUUGCGUCAGAUCUUAGUAGCACAUAUAAUAAAGAUCAAGAGGAUUUUCAACAAACAGUAAAAAUACCCAGUGUAGCCCUUCCAGAUCCCUCCAUUAGUACCAUAAGUUCUUCAGAUGGAACCACCAAAGAGACGGCCACUUGGCUAGUGACAGAUUUUAUGCAAAGUUUACAAGAAACUAACAUAUCGGUGGACUUCCUAUUACAAAAAGCAAAUGGAUUCGUAGAUCUUCUAAAGAAACAUCCCGAAAUAAGACAAGAUUUAGUGUUGACAUCAUUUAUGCAAUCGGUUCAAACAUUACUCCUAAGUGAAGAUAAAAUGAUUGCAUCCAUCGGAUACCGCAUUAGUCGGUAUUUGAUUAAUGGAGAGGAAUUUAUUCGUGAACUUAUAAGACUGAGACUCGAUUCUUUUAUAAUAAUUUCCUUGGCAAAGGAUAACACGUUCCAAAUAGAGCGUGAACAAGCUUUAAAAUUAGUACGAUGCUUCAUCGAUCACAAAGCUGGAAUAACUUGUGGAAUUGUUCAAGGAAUAAUAAGUUGUGUGGAAAAACAAGAUGAUCUACUAAGAAAUCUUGCUCUCGAGACUUUAUUAGAACUUUGUUUCGUCGAUCCAGCAAUGGUCAAACAAUGCCACGGAAUACGGUUACUUGUGGGACUUUUGCAGGAUUAUUCUUCCUUUUCAUUAGCAUCCAUUAUAUUAGAUACAAUCUUACAAUUACUUGAAACAAAGAAGACACGAAUUUUCAUUUUAGAAGAUUUUAAUGUGGCUGUAUUGGGGACUGCGUUUUCUGAUACAAAUACCAAAACUUCCAUGAACAUUGAAAAAAUGCAAAACGCCAGCAUACUUAUCUCUAAGGUGCUGAAGAGUUACAAUGGUAUUAUGUUGUAUUCUAUGAAUAAUUUCCAACCGCUGAAAGAACUACUAUCAUUCCUACACGUACCUCUAUGCGCUCCUUACCUAGUGGAUAUCUUCCUCGAUGUUGUGAGAAUUAAGCCCCUACCGUACAAAUCAAAAGUGAAGCACUCUUUCAAGCCAAUACCGUCCCAAUUCCACAAGGAAUGUAUGUCAAUUAACCAACAUAUGGCAUUAUUAAUAACAAUUUUAGAAAAUUGUAACUUUGUUGACUAUUUCGUACAAUUGUUAAGUUUUGCCAAUAGGGAUGAAUUCCAUAAAUCGGUUAUGGUCAAAAGUCGGUAUUUAUUAAUUGAAUAUCUGAAUUUGAAAAUGAAUUUGGUUGACGGUAGUGUCACCAAGGUUUCUAAACCUGUGUUAAAGAGUGAGGAGACUCUAUUUGAGGAAACAUUUGAGUUCAGUAAAAUUUCUUAUACAUUGAACAGGAAUAGAAACAUGAUUGGUCUUACCGACAUAGAUUACAACGAAAAUAUUAAGUCCUUUUCUCAAAAUAUUAAAGAAAACACACUCGUGAACGAAAUUGAUGACUCAAGAUUCAGAAAGAUGGUAUUUGAUACUAAGGUCUUACAAACAAAAGAAUUUUCUGAAUGGAACUGGAAUAUUAUCCAAGAGCUGAUAGAAGGUCCGUUAAUGAACCCAAAACAAUUGGAAGAACUUGCGAAAUCAACGAAAUUUGUUAGACGACUACUUGUUUUUUAUAGACCGCUAAGAUUAAGAUUUUCAAGCGUGGAUAAAGGUGUAAGAUUAUCUUCAAAAUAUAUUCAGGUUGGUUGUAAAUUUUUCAAGAUGCUAACGACUAAUCCUGAGGGAAUAAAGAUAUUUAAAGAGGAUAAUAAAAUAAUACCCCAACUGGCUUCUUUGUUGUACAGAGCCAUUGAAGGGAAUGUGGCCGGGAAUAUCUUUAAUGAGGCAAAUUUAAAGCACAAGAUGAUACAAGGAUAUUUCAAGUUUAUUGGAGUCUUGACACAGACAGCACAAGGUGUGAAAAUCUUGAGUCGCUGGAACUUCUUCACUGUUAUUUACAAGAUGUUUCAAUUUGAAAACCGACUCGCGUUGCACUUCUUAUUGCUAACAAUACCAGAAAUAGACCUAAAACAUUCAUCCCAUUGCCGAACUAUAAUGGGGAAAGCUUUAGUGGUGUCUAAUGAACAAAUUAGAAUCAAUGCCACGAAAUGCAUGGGAGAAAAAUUGAAAGACUUGAUUGUACCUAAACAGUUUGAUUCAGAAACUACUGCAGAAAAUAAAGAUCUACAAAAGUUUGCUAUGGAUAUGUUAAUAAGACAAUUGUAUGAUUUAAGUCCUAAUGUGGUGGCAGUUGCUGAUCAGGCUUUAUAUGAAUGUGUCGUGCAAAGUGAACGUUCAAAAGAAUUUGCCAUUUCAUUCAGAACAAUAUUGAAUCAAAUGGUAUUUAUCAGAUCUCCAAUAUUAUUCGAACUGUUGAGUCGGUCGUAUGGGUUCCAAUUACUUAGUGAAAUUAACUUUGUUACUGAUGAACGUAAUGCUUGGCUCACUCAAAUGAAUAGAGAAUAUGUUUCGAUUGUGGAAGAGUUUUUAAGCAAGAGGCAAAAUAAUACUAUAACUAGGACGAGAUCUCAUACUCAUCUUUUGAAACAGAACGAUAGAUUACCACUGCAUUUUUAUGAAAGUUUGGCUAAGACUGAAGAUGGUAUAACUUUGUUGAGUCAAACUGGUGAUUUAGUGACAUUUAUGAAUAUUAUCAAAAAAUAUAUUAGUGGUUCUAUGGAGGAUGAGAGUAAUGAUGAAAUUAUAGAGUUGAAAUCAUCUUUAUGGUGUUGUGGGUUCAUUGGGUCAACUCAAUUGGGAAUAGGAUCAUUAGACAAUUAUUCUUUAGUGGAAAAUAUUAUUACAAUCUCAUUUCAUUCUAGUGUCACUAGUGUAAGAUUUACAGCAUUUUAUGUUCUAGGAUUAAUUAGUAGAACGAAAGAAGGUUGUGAAAUACUUGAUGAAAUGGGAUGGGAUUGUUGUCUGGAUGUGCAAGGUGAGCCUAUUGGUAUUACAUUACCCAGUAGAUUGGAUGACUUUUUAUCAUACAAUGAAAAGAAAUGGUUAAUGGUCCCGGAAUAUAAAAAUGAGAUGAUUGAAAUUGAUAGAGGUAAUGGAGAUAUAAUUAGUGAAAUUGAACCCAUUGAUUUUAACUUAGACCAUCUUUUGAAUGAAACCAAUAUUAUUGAGAACCCACUGAAUGAGAAUGAAAGUGAAACCGCAGAGGAAAUAAGGAAACGUAGACAAUCAUUAGAAAAGAAACAAGGAUCUUUUAAAUCUUCAAAUCCAUCAACUGGUGCCGACGAGGAAGAUAAUGUGGUAGAGAAAGUUGUCGAAACGGUUAGUAAAUUGGGUAAUCAUAUUCUUUCGAACAGCGCCAUUAAAGAGAUUACAGAAAUGAAUAGUCGUUACGGACCUCGAUUAUUCGAGAAUGAUAAAGUCUUUUUCAGCAUAUUAGAAAUGAUGGGUAAAUUCAGGUUUAAGCCUCAAGUGCGUAAAUUCUUAUGUGAUUUAUUCAUAAACAAGAAGACCUUAGAGAAUAUUAUUAAACAUGAUAGGAAGAAAAAAGUAGAAGCAAAAAAGGAGGGUAAAAUUACGAAUGCAAAUCCUUAA